AUGGAGGUAUUGCAAGACUACCACGGUAGACUACUAUCGGCCCCCUCCGAGCGGACUGAUGCUCGCACGAUCGAGCCGGGGAAUGGAGGGCGAGAGAUAGGAGAGAAGGACGUGGGAAGUGACCACGGUGGUGAACCGUCACCGUGGACGAUGGGCAAGAUGUCAAUUUUGGACCUGUUGGCUGCGGUGGAUGAAGUAAGCCCUACUUGUUCUGGAGACAGUGACGACGGUAGCGAUAGCGGCGGUGAGGUUGGCUGUCUCGGUAGUGGAGAUGAGGAAAGUGUGGAGACGGUUAAUCAUCGCCCACAACCUGAGGAGUACGCGGCAUUGGCUUGGCUCGGGUGUAGGGCGGACAUUGAUGGUGAUGGUGAUGGUGAGAAUGAGGAUGAGGGUGAUCCGUUUCUAGAGCUUAUGAUCAACGCGGUGGCGAAGGGAGAAGAGCGGCGGGGUGGAAAGACGCCGUCUAGACUGAUAUUCGCGAUGCUGAGGAGACGUGCCGCUAGUAUGCUUGCAUUAUUCGCCUUGAAGGAUGUAGCUGUAGGUGCAGCGGUGCCUACGCGCCUCGUCAGUGGUCUUGACUGUUUUGGUUGA